UAUCGAACGCUAUGGCGCGUUAAGAGUAGUUCGAGAAUCAGACAGUACAUAUAGUUUUUGAGUGCUCGUACAAUUUCUUCUUGAUAGUACUAUCCUGCUUCAUUGUGUUUUGUUUCAAAAGUUACAUUCUUAUUCGACUUGCAGUAUUUUUUAUUUCAAGUGUGAAUUGUAGAAUAACAUGGAAAACGAAUUUUAAGAAUGCAGGAAAGUAUGCAAAAGUUCAACUUGCAAUCGGAAUCGAAGGAUAUAAUUUAUUCAAUGCAGAACAAAAUCAAUAACGUGUCAUUCGUACACAUAUGGAUAACUGGAAGGAUAUACGUGGGUCAUUUUACAGCAAAGACAGUGGGAGUUCAGUGCCGGUGUCCAGCCCCAUGUGACAUUUAACUUAUCAUUAUACAAGUAAAUAAAAAUACUAUUGAUGUUGAUGGAUGACGAGAAUAGGACGUGGACAAACAGCGUGGGAAUGAUAUUACAAGUAUUGCCAUGGACCAGCCUUACUUGUCCAGUGAUAAAACAUUUCACUCGCAUGAAGUUUGCAGUAUAAAUACUAUGUCUGAGACCAAACGGUUGUGGGAAACGGAUCGAUAUAUUUAAAUAUUAAAUUUUCUGAAGUUGCAAAUCUAAUAAAAUAUUAAGACCUGUGUUGAAGGUAGUGAUGAAAGUAUGAGCGGUGAAAAUCAAUUGCCAGUAGUAGACAGAGGCAACAGCAUACACGUGCAUAUUUAUCCCGCCGAGGACAGUGAAAGUGUUGACCCAGUGAGCACAUCGGUAUCAGUAGAAACAACCCCACCGAAUGAAUUUGCAUCGGCAAGAAAAAGUAGUUUACCGGAUGCUUCGUCACUUAAACAGUCACUCAAUGUGAUACUGCCUCACUUUAUUGAACACGAACGACGCGCUAGUUCACCGUUUAGUAAGUCGGAUAAAAUUCUUGCAAGAGCGAUUCAUUCGAGUCCAUUGACCACUACCAGACGCCACAGUCAGGAUUCAAAUGUUUCAGGAAGAACAAAUCGGUGCACUGACAGGGUAAAUCAGCAUAGCGACCAAAAUCAAUUAUUGAUACGUCACAGUACGGAUGACAUUCUAACUAUUAAUAACUUCAGCGGUUGUGGUGGUUCUGCUGGUAACAUAACCAGUAGUGGGAUGGGCCCAUAUUCGAGCACCAACGGAAGCAAUAUCAAUGUCAACAGUAACUCCAACAAAUUCAACAUUACCAGAACGAACAGUACCAACACUGACACGGAACUCGGCACACAUGGCACCGUUUCCACGGCAUCUGUGCACCAGUUGAACGAAUGCAAUCACCACGUGGUGGAUAGUAAAGCAAUUACUAUCAGUUGCCAUGGUAGUGCGGUCGAACCCGCAAGUGAUACAAAAGGACCAAGGCUGGAUGGCGUCAAAUCACUUUCGGCAUUGGAAGAUAUUAUGGAAAGUCCAUUGCUCAAAACUCCGGUUGAAAAAUGGCUCGAAACACAAGAGAGAAAAACUAACGAUGAACAAAAUCGCAGUCCUGAUCAUUACAGCAAAAUUUUCGGACCCAAGAUUAUCAACAGCGAAAACAUUCCAGGAACUCCAAUGGAUAUAUCCGACAUUGCAUCUGAAAUCAACAAAAGUUUCACCUCAAGCACCAACAGCAUUAUGAAUGAGCGUCGCAGAUCAUCUACCAAACUUCUCACAGGAAAUUCUCCAUUGGAAACGAUUUUUCACGACGAAGUUAAUUCUCAGGACCGAAACGGAAUGAGCGUAGCGACGAAUCCACGGAACAAGAAACGAAAGAGUUCUGAGCAAUCGGAUAAUAACACACGUAGGCCAAGUCAACAAGACAAGGAGGGUCUCGAUCCGGAGUCAUUGAUGUUUCGUGAUGGCAGAAGAAAAAUAGACAUGGUUCUUUGCUACGAGGAUGACGACCAGGGAGUAAUGACGGAGUUAGAGGCUUUGAAAGGACACCAACGAAAAAUUUUCCAGCAAAACCUUGUUAAAGAAGGUCUGGAAUAUGAAAUCGAACACAAAUCACAGGCCUUCGAUGAGAAAACUUACUUCGUAAAAAUUCAUAUACCAUGGCGAACGGAAUCGCGGUACUCAGAAGUGAUGAACAUGAAGCUACCAGUAAAGCGAUUUAUUACUAUUAGUGUAAAGGAAGAAGAAUCAACGUUCCGCAAACAUCAGAACAAAAUAAUUGGUUAUUGGAAUAAACUUAUAUCCUUGACAGAAUAUAAUUUCAACCGGAUUGAAAAAGAACCAUCGUUUUAUUCUGCAACGUCGAAUGGUAACCCAGAGGAACAAUUUAUCGUGAAAGAUCGAUGUACAACGUACAACAGUGCACAACGAAGUAUGAUCGUUAUGCAAAUUCUGAUGAGAACAAGGUUUGACGAGACGGAAAAAGCUAGCAACGUUGGUAUCCGAAGACUUUUGAACGACGGAACUUACUUAGCGUGUUUUCCAUUACAUGAAGGACGAUAUGACAAAAAUCAUUCUACCGGAUCUGUGUUUGAUAGACGCUUACUAUAUUUGGAAUGGGCCAGACCCGUCAAAUGGUUCAAGAAACAGCCAUUGUGUUUAAUUCGUAAAUAUUUUGGUGAUAAAAUAGCACUUUAUUUCUGUUGGCUAGGAUUUUACACCAAGAUGCUGUACGCUCCGGCCAUCGUCGGACUUCUCUGCUUCCUGUAUGGACUAGCGUCAAUGGAUUCAAGCGACAACAUCCCAACGAAAGAAAUUUGCGAUGUAAGCGGUCCAGGAAAUACGACGCUUUGUCCAUUGUGUGACAGAGCAUGCAGCUACCAAAAGCUUUCUGAAUCGUGUCUUUUCGCUAAAUUAACGUACCUCUUUGACAAUCCUUCUACGGUAUUCUUCGCCAUAUUCAUGUCCUUUUGGGCUACAACCUUUCUGGAACUGUGGAAACGUAAACAGUCCGUCUUGGUAUGGGAGUGGGAUCUGCAAAACAUUGAAAACGAGGAAGACAUGCGUCCAGAGUAUGAAACAUCCGUCAAGACGUUUCGCACGAAUCCUGUAACGCGUGAGAAAGAACCGUUCAUGUCGACGUGGGAUCGAGCUAUUCGAUUUGCGGCCACUUCUAGUGCUGUACUUUUCAUGAUUUCGAUCGUUCUCGGAGCUGUUCUGGGAACCAUUAUUUACCGAAUAUCAGUAGUAUCUGUGAUCUACAGUGGUGGCGGAGUAUUUUUCCGCAAACAUGCCAAAAUUUUUACUACCAUGACUGCUGCCUUAAUCAAUCUUAUAAUUAUCAUGAUUUUAACAAGGAUUUACCACAAACUAGCUCUCUUCUUAACUAAUUUAGAGAAUCCUCGAACACAAACGGAAUACGAAGACUCAUAUACUAUAAAAAUAUUCGUGUUUGAAUUCAUGAACUUUUACAGUUCACUAAUCUAUAUAGCCUUCUUUAAAGGACGCUUUUACGACUACCCGGGAGAUGAUGUUGCACGAAAAAGUGAGUUCUAUCGCUUGAAGGGAGAUAUUUGCGAUCCAGCUGGAUGUUUGAGCGAGCUUUGUAUCCAACUAGCUAUCAUCAUGGUUGGAAAGCAAUGCUGGAAUAACUUAAUGGAGUACUUUUUUCCAGCAUUUUACAACUGGUGGCGCCAACGAAAGCAUAAACAACAAACUAAAGAUGAAACUCAUCUGCACAUGGCAUGGGAGCAGGAUUAUCAUCUGCAGGAUCCAGGAAGAUUGGCAUUGUUCGAUGAAUAUCUUGAAAUGAUCGUUCAAUAUGGAUUCGUAACUCUAUUCGUUGCCGCGUUUCCAUUGGCCCCAUUGUUUGCACUUCUGAAUAAUAUCGCUGAGAUAAGACUGGAUGCAUACAAGAUGGUGACCCAGUCAAGAAGGCCUCUGGCAGAACGAGUCGAAGACAUCGGUGCUUGGUACGGAAUAUUGAAAAUUAUAACUUAUACGGCCGUAGUGUCAAAUGCGUUCGUUAUCGCCUAUACAAGCGAUUUCAUUCCACGUAUGGUUUAUAAGUACGUUUACUCAACUCAGUUCUCGUUACAUGGCUAUAUCGAACAUUCGCUUUCAGUUUUCAAUACAUCCGACUACAAGGAGGAAUGGGGAACCAAAACCGAAUCCGAUCCAGACACGUGUAUGUAUCGGGGAUAUCGGAACAGUCCCACAGACCACGAACAGUACGGUUUGAGCCCCCAUUACUGGCACGUAUUUGCAGCUAGGCUCGCGUUUGUGGUUAUUUUUGAGCACAUUGUAUUUGUUCUAACAGGAAUUAUGCAGUUCAUCAUUCCGGACAUUCCGGUCGAGGUUAAAACACAAAUUCAACGAGAGCAAAUGCUCGCCAAAGAGGCCAAAUAUCAGCACGGAUUGAAGAAAUCUCGUGAGACUGAUUACGAAGAAAUUUUACAUGUUCUUCGAGAACAAAGUAACAAUAGUCGCCAAGGUAUGCGAGGAAGCUGGGCUAGAAGAUUAAGCCGUCUAAGCGAUGGUCUUGAUGCACAUGUAGAAGUUUCCAACCGCCCUCGACAAUCUUUAGAGUCAACCGUGUGGGAAGUCACCUAGCAGUAGUUAUAAAAGAUAAACGACUGUAUAGUUGACCGAUUAGUUUUUGUUUGAUAUUAAUGAGAAAUAUAAUUGUGACUGUUCGCACUUUGCUAAA